UGUGUUUCUAUCAGGGUGGAUCAAUGCAGGAGCCUGAGCUCCACACACACACACACAGUCGCUCUGUCCGCGCAUCUGCAGCGUCUCGUCGCUCCGUCUCUCUCCCUCGCUCGCGGCUGACGCGGGCCGCUCCUGGAUGUGUGCAUGUUAUAGUUCGGAAAGCCGCCGCCGCAUCGUAGGUCGAAGGCCAGGAGACAUGCCGGUGUGACGGGCAUCGGAUAUCCGUAUCUUCCGCGCUAUCUUCGCUGUGCCGAGCGCCGGUGCUGGAGCUGGAGCGAGCGGCCUGUAAACACAAGAUGUCGACCCGAACGCCAUUGCCCACCGUUAACGAGCGCGACGCGGAGAAUCACACGUCUGUCGAUGGCUACACGGACACACCAGCACCACCCACGAAAUCAGCGAGUCGACAGAGUCUCCCACGCUGCCGCAACUCAGUGGCGUCCAUCACAGACGAACAGCCUCACGUCGGGAACUACAGACUUCUCAAAACCAUCGGCAAAGGGAACUUUGCUAAAGUCAAGCUUGCCCGCCAUGUUUUAACAGGAAGAGAGGUUGCGGUGAAGAUCAUUGAUAAAACACAGCUCAACCCCACAAGUCUACAAAAGCUCUUUCGUGAAGUGAGGAUUAUGAAGGUCUUAAAUCAUCCUAAUAUAGUUAAGUUAUUUGAAGUAAUUGAAACAGAGAAGACACUUUAUUUAAUAAUGGAGUAUGCAAGUGGAGGUGAAGUGUUUGACUACUUAGUCGCUCAUGGGAGGAUGAAGGAAAAGGAAGCCAGAGCAAAGUUUCGACAGAUUGUGUCUGCAGUGCAAUAUUGCCAUCAGAAGAGAAUAGUCCACAGGGAUCUCAAGGCUGAAAACUUGCUGCUAGACGCGGACAUGAAUAUAAAGAUAGCGGACUUUGGCUUCAGUAACGAGUUCACCAUCGGGAGUAAGCUGGACACGUUCUGUGGCAGUCCUCCGUACGCGGCUCCCGAGCUCUUCCAGGGGAAGAAGUACGACGGGCCAGAGGUGGACGUCUGGAGUCUGGGGGUCAUCCUGUACACGCUUGUCAGCGGCUCACUUCCCUUUGACGGACAGAAUUUGAAGGAGCUGCGAGAGAGAGUUUUGCGAGGGAAGUAUCGUAUACCGUUCUACAUGUCCACAGACUGUGAAAACCUUCUGAAGAAACUGUUGGUGCUAAAUCCAGGCAAACGUGGAAGUUUAGAGCAAAUCAUGAAGGACCGCUGGAUGAAUGUAGGUCACGAGGAAGAGGAACUGAAGCCCUAUACAGAACCUGAGCCAGACUUCAGCGACACCAAACGGAUAGAGCUGAUGAUCACUAUGGGUUUCCCUGAAGAUGAGAUCACAGAGGCGUUAGUAGGGCAGAAGUAUGAUGAGGUCAUGGCCACGUAUCUUCUGCUGGGCAGGAAACCUCCAGAGUUUGAAGGAAGCGAUUCGCUGUCCACCACCAACCUGUGUCAAAGGUCACGACCCAGCAGCGACCUGAACAACAGCUCUACGCAGUCACCCGCACACUCCAAAGUCCAGCGCAGUAUCUCGGCCACGCAGAAACAGCGGCGAUUCAGCGACCACGUCGCUCCGUCCAUACCUCCGGCCGUCUCCUACACCAAACGCUCUCAGGCCAGCAGCGUGGAGGGAGAGAAGAAGAAGGAGGAGUGUAAGCUGCCCUCCUCCAGCUCUAAAGGAGACAUGGCCGCCUCUCCUCUGGUGGUCCAGGAACGCAGGAAGUCCUCCACAGCUUCAGGGAAUAGCGCUGCUGGAGCAAUGACGAGGAGAAAUACGUACGUGUGUGAGAGAUCCAGUACAGACCGGUACUCAGCCGUACCCAACGGCAAAGACAGCAGUCUGACGGAGAUGUCGGCCUCGGCGAGUGCAUCUUCCUCUGUGUCUCCAGGAGCGUCCACUCGGCCGCGGCAUGUAAAGUCCAUGUCCGCCUCAGGCCACCCCACCAAGUCUGCGCUGCCGCCCAUCGAGGACGACGCUGAAUUCAAGGGCAGCUCUGGCUCCAGGGCUCCGUCCACGUCUCCGUCGGCUCACAGCAUCAGCAGCAUGACUCCAGAUCGGACCCGCUUUCCUCGGGGCACCUCCAGCCGCAGCACCUUCCACGGGGCGCAGCUCAGAGACCGCCGCAGCGCCACAUACAACGGCCCUCCCGCAUCGCCCUCACUGUCCCACGACACGGGCGCUCUCGCCCAGGCCCGCAGGGGAACCUCGUCCGGAUUCAUCAGCAAGCUCACCUCCAAGUUUGUGCGGAGGGUACCCAGUGAAGGAGAGGCCCACGGUCGGCUGUACAGUUUGAGAAGCGGAUCCGGAGAACCCAAGGAGGAAGGCCGAGACUCGAAGCCCAGAUCGCUGCGCUUCACCUGGAGCAUGAAGACCACCUCGUCCAUGGAGCCGGGAGACAUGAUGAGAGAAAUCCGCAAGGUGCUGGAUGCCAACAACUGCGACUACGAGCAGCGCGAGCGCUUCUUGCUCUUCUGCGUGCACGGCGACGUGCGGCAGGACAGUCUCGUCCAGUGGGAGAUGGAGGUGUGCAAACUGCCCCGCCUGUCUCUCAACGGCGUGCGCUUCAAACGCAUAUCGGGGACGUCCAUCGCCUUCAAGAACAUCGCUUCCAAAAUUGCCAAUGAGCUCAAGCUGCUGUAUGGAUGAAACCGUUUGGAUGGGAAGCAAGCUGAAGGCUGAGGAUCUCCAAAAAAUGCAAUUAAACUCUUCCACACACUCGUCCCAUUUAUUCUCUGGACAUAGUACUGUACAUUUUUUGCGGAAAAAUCCCUUGGGCCACUGUGGUUCAGUCCCACUGGAGCACAUUAAAGCUUACUUGAAAUGAGUCUUUGAACUAAA